AUGAUCCCCGCAGAACCUUCAGGGUGGAACGAUGAACCCAUUCGCCCACCAAAUGCUGAUUCUACGAUCGGCUGGGCAGGCGUGCCCUUGUCUGACACUCUGGGUUACUACGGCCACGUCAAGCGGGCUGUGAUUCCAACCAACACCGAGCUUGGGUUCGCCCCGGACUACGCCUCUAUUGAUCCUGUGGAAAUUGCAGACGUCUUCACCGACUCCUUUGCCAACGCUGUUGAGUCACAGAAGGUCGAUGCCAUUCUUGAACACGUUUAUACAGACGGGUACUGGAAGGACGUCGAAGUCUUGACUUGGGAUAUCCGAACGCUUCACGGGCAUGACCAAAUUCGACCAAUGCUCGUGGAACGGCUGCCCAAAACAGGAAUCAAGAAUCUUCGGAUCAAUCCUCAGGUAACUCCAAGCUUAGAAACGCUAGGAGAUGACCUUUCGUUUCUUCUUGUUCACCUCGAAUUUGACUUUGAGCACGGUACUGGUGUGGCAGUAGCUCGUCUUAGCCCUCUCACGGCAAAGACUGGCUCAGCUUCAGAACUGGCAGGCGUCUCCUCCUGGAAAAUCUACACCAUCGGAACCACAUUGGAGACUAUCCAGGGGUGGGAUGCCGAGUUUGGUGAUAAGAAUAGGUAUCAGCGUGCAAAGGUCUACGAUCCUGAUGGAAAGGGUCGGAAUUAUGAAGAUCUCAGGCGGGACGAGGCUGAUUGCAAGGGAGUCGACCCGGUGGUCGUCAUCGUGGGGGCUGGUCAUACUGGUUUGAGCAUGGCAGCACGCUUCAAGCUACUCGGCAUCCCGCAUCUAAUCAUUGAGAAGGGCGACCAUGCAGGAUACAGUUGGGCAACUCGCUAUGCCUCGCUGUCUUUGCACGGGCCAACCUUUACGAACCACAUGCCAGCGCUCCCCUUUCCACACUGGUUUCCUGUGUUUCUACCCGCGCAGCAGCUAGCCAAAUUCUUGUAUCAUUAUGCAGAAAUCAUGGAUCUCAACAUCUGGACGAAUUCUCACUUAGACGGGGAGACUGCAAUCUACGACGAGGAAAAGGGUCGGUGGACGCUCCAUAUCACACGAAAAGAUGGUUCUCAGCGUACUCUGCACCCUCGCCAUCUAGUGAUUGCCACAGGGAUGUCUGGAACGCUACCAAACGUUCCAGAUGUUCCCGGAAUGGCUGAUUUCGAGAAGAAUGGCGGUGUAGUUGUUCAUUCUUCGCGUCAUCGGACGGGCGCUGAUUGGAAGGGAAAGCGCUGCAUCGUCGUAGGUGCAGCAACCUCGGGCCACGACAUCUCCUAUGAGCUGAGUGAGAGCGGGUGUGAGGUUACCAUGCUCCAGCGUAGCUCGACUCACAUCAUGUCGGUAGAGACGAGCGUGCGAUACUUGUUCAAGAGUCGAGAGUUGACGAAUCGGCGAGGCGGCCAGCCACUUGAGUUAGCGGACCAGGCCAACUUUUUGAAGCACCCAUACCCGGUCGAGUAUGAACUGAUGCGCCGUGGGCAAAAGAAGACACGGGAGCUCGACCACGACUUUCUCGAGGCGCUGUCCAACGCAGGGUAUCGUCUGCAUGAUGGUUACCACGGCGGUGGUGCCUACUCAAUGUUCCCCUUCCAGCAGGGAGGAUUCUACUGGGAUACUGGCUGUUGCCAACUCAUAAUAGACAAGAAGAUCAAGAUGCUCCACACGGAGAUUGAACGGUUUACCAAGGAUGGUGUCGUUUACAAAGAUGGCACCAGUCAACAAGCAGAUGUUGUGAUUUUUGCGACUGGAUACAUGAACUCCAAGAGCGCGAUCCAGGCCCUUCUUGGAGACGAAAUGGCCCAGAAGUGUCACGAGCGUUGGGAAAAGGGGAACUCCUUCUUCAUCGGGCCGGAAGGAGAGUCCAUCAUCAACUACUGCCCGCUACCACAGAAGGGUCUCUACGCAGCGUUCCAUCAAUUCGCGUUCACCAGGUUCCACUCGGCGCGUCUAGCGCUUCGCAUCAAGGCGGAAGAGUUGGGAAUCGACGUCACGCCCUAUGGGAACAAACCACUUGGCCCGCCAAGCACAGCUGCAGGCCGCCAGCCUCGUCCCGAAGGCGUACCGUUGUGA